GCGCCUACCGGAGGACCGGGAGAGCAUCCCUGUCCGCUCCGAGAAUCGCCGUCCCUGACGGCCUGCCCGCCGGUGGGUGGGCACUUCCCUCUGCUUCCCGCUACACUCUGCAGACACUCCCCGGAGCCGGGCAUGGGCACCGCAGCAGUCGGUUCCCGGGCCGGAUUCCGCUCGUCGGUGACUCGUUCUGGCCAGGAUAUCCCAUCUGUGGACCCCACAGGACUCCGCUUCUUCUUCCCUGGGUACUUGUGCAGCUGCCCAAGAGUUUGGGCCCCCAAGGUGUCCUCCUAUCAGACCCAGAGGCCCUGGUACUCAGCACUUCCCCACCCUACCCCCCAGCCCUGAGAAGUGUGUCCCACCUCCUGAGAUGUCCCUCCAUCUGUGGCUGCUCUUUCUGUCCAGUGCUUCUGAGGCGCCCAGCUGCUGGGGUCCGUGGGAGGCUGCACCAUGAGUGACCGAAACAGCCGGAGGAGGACACUGAAGAAGGACGACGAGGCCUUCGAGGUCUCUAUUCCCUUUGAGGAGACGCCCCACCUAGAUCCACAGCUCUUUUACAGUCUGAGUCCCUCUCAGGGAAACUUCGAUGAGCCUCCGGAGGCUGCGUCCCCAACCAUGGCCCUGAUGAAUGGUGUCAGGGCCCAGCUGCACAUGGCCCUGGAGAGGAACUCAUGGCUGCAGAAGCGCAUCGAGGACCUGGAGGAGGAGAGGGACUUCCUGCGGUGCCAGCUGGACAAGUUCAUCUCUGCUGCGCGCACGGAUGCUGAGGACCACUGCAGGGUGAAGCCUGGGCCCCGGCGAGCUGAGGGCGAUGGCCGGGGUGGGGCUGCGGGUGAGGCCUCCGACCCUGAGUCCGCUGCCUCCUCACUCAGCGGGGUGUCUGAAGAAGGCAGCAACAUGGACAGGAAGAGGCAGAAGCAAAAGGGAGGCGCUGGCAGAAGGCGUUUUGGGAAGCCCAAGGCCCGGGAGAGGCAGCGGGUGAAGGAUGCUGACGGUGUCCUCUGCCGCUACAAGAAGAUCCUGGGCACCUUCCAAAAGCUGAAGAGCAUGUCGCGGGCCUUCGAGCACCACCGCGUGGACCGCAACACGGUGGCACUGACCACGCCCAUCGCGGAGCUGCUCAUCGUGGCCCCCGAGAAGCUGGCGGAGGUGGGCGAGUUCGACCCCUCCAAGGAGCGUCUGCUUGAGUACUCCCGCCGCUGCUUCCUGGCCCUGGACGACGAGACCCUCAAGAAGGUGCAAGCCCUCAAGAAGAGCAAGUUGCUGCUUCCCAUCACCUACCGCUUCAAGCGGUGAUACCGCUCCACCUGGCCCGGGCCAUGCCCUCCAGCCCCAGCUCCACUUCCCUCCCAUCCCCUGCCUGGCACACAGAGAGCGUGUGCAUUAGUGGGGUGCCCCUCGCCAGGGCCUGACAGUGGGCAGCGUGCUUCUGUGUGUGCCUCUCUCCUCCCCCUCCUGCAGACGCCCACUCCCGCCCCAGGUCCCUUGUAUAUACAAUAGAUCUGCUCUCCUUUCACUCCACUUUCCCAGCAUCCUUCCCAUUCCCACGGUUGGGAAGGUCUCACUUAACCCAGUUCCCAGGGACCUGGUAAACACUGGCACCCCUCCUGCUCUCGCUGGGCCCUUCCUCCUGGGAAAAGGGCGGGACUCUGAGGGGCGGGGACACUGUACAUACCCGGCCUCUGCCCACAGCCCCGAGGACCUGCAUUCUGGACCUUCCCCAACUCCGCGUGAGACAGAGAAUUAUUCAGAGAAUUUAAAUUAAAAAAGAUGAUAAAAUUUGGAAUAACCUAG